GUGUACACGGAAGUGGACAGUGACCAAGACAAAUGUCCACGUUAGCGUUUAUAUUGUUAUUUAUCCAUGUAUUGACACACUGGAACUCAGAAUAUGACUCAUUUAACUGCACAGUAUCAUAUACUUACCCCUGGUAGUCUUUAAUUUGCGUUGUAGACGGGACUUGGUUGAACUACUUAGCUGCUAAUGCUAGCGAACUGUAUGAUUUUUCAUACUCAAAUAGCCUCCAUUAUGGAGGUGCUAGCGAAUGCAGCCGUGGCAGAGGUCUGUAAACUGGUAGACGACGACUAUGCAGUGUUUCGUUUGGAAAUAACUCAAAGCCAGAAAGAAAACGGUGCAUUGCAGAGGAAACUACAACUACUGGAACUGAAGGUGGCACGAGAGCGCGUCCUCGCCAGUCGUCCCAGUAGUGUCAAGAUCCUCGACCGAUACAGAGGAAUGGCAAGAGGUGAAGGACAUCUCACUGGAGGCUACAGGAGCUUUGUGAAGCCAGCGGUAUACAACACAUGGAGAGAUGACCAACCAAUCACUGUUGAUGAGGGGAGUGGAACCUCAACCCAGCAUGUUAUCGUGAUAGAGUCUGCAAAUGCAGAAGCUGCAGGUACUGGGGUCAAGCUGGAGAGGUCUGAAGGAGAUGAGGACCCACGACACAGCAAAGACAUCCAGACUGGAGCAGCGCAUGGAGUCGUGCCCCCUGUAGCCCCCGAGGACCUCACCAACGCUGCCGCGCCCCAGGCUAGGACCCGAUCCAGCGUCACGGAGGUCAGUGGAACGCCGAACGCCGUCCUCAAGACGGAGAUGGAGACAGAGACUUUAACUGUAACACAAAGGCUCUUACAUACAGGAUCUAACCACCGAUCAGACUCCGAGAGACUGGGCUGUGUUCCUGCUCCAGGCUCAGAGUACUUAAUGAUGUUUCACCAGAGCCAGGGGACAGUUAAAUCCUGUGGAGAUGGUGAUGCGUUAGACACUGGCAUUGAUGAUCUGUCUUGUUCUUACGUUACAGAGGUGGACCCUGGCAACAUGCCCUUGGGUUUAGAGACCCAGACUGAUCUGUCUAGAGGGGACUGGAACCGGUACAGUAGUAGUGUGUACUCUGAAGGGUGCCCAGAUAAGAAAGGGGAGGUUAUAGUCGUAGAUGAGGUUACUGUGAAAGUGGAGGGCGACGCUCCUCCCACAUGGAAUGCAGAUAGUCACCUAGGAGACGGACACUCACAGGGCAGAGAUUUCUUAAAUUACAGGGGAAAUCUAAAUGUCGCCACCCACUCCCCUUUACACACGUUCAGGGAUCGCGACCCAGUGUCCACAUCAAUGGCACCUUCCGAUUCACACGGCCGGGUGAUUUUCGAUCAGGUAUUACAUUUAAACGACAGGGCUAUAGCCCAGGCUUGUGGAGGGGGAGCAACAACGGUCGGGAAAGAGAAACUGGCUAACUGGAAUGCAGACGAGACUCACUUAGGAGAAGGACACUCGCAGAGCAACACAAAUGACUUCUUAGAUUACAGGGAAAGUUUAGAGACAAAUCUAAAUGUUGCAACCCACUCCCCUUUACACCCAGUGUCCACGUCGAUGGCACCUUCCGAUUCACACGGCCAGGUUCUUUUCGAUCAGGUAUUGAACUCAAAAGACCAAAGAGCCAAGGCGCGGAGAGGGGAAGCAACACCGGGCAGUAAAGAGAAGCGGUUCCUCUGCAUGUUCUGUAACAAAGGCUUCAGCUGCUCCCAGAAGGUGGAGAUCCACCAGAGGGUCCACACAGGGGAGAAACCCUUCAGCUGUACCCAGUGUCACAUGUGCUUCACCCAUGCUGGCAACCUGAAGAGGCACCAGAGGGUCCACACAGGGGAGAAACCGUUCAGCUGUGCCCAGUGUCACAUGCGCUUUGCCCAGACUGGUGACCUGAAGAGGCACCAGAGAGUACACACGGGAGAGAGGCCGUUCGCCUGUACUCACUGCGGGAAGAAGUUCUCAGAGAGGAGCUACCUCAGGAUACACCAGCAGAAAAACCAUUCCACUCUAUAACACUCUAUAAAACCAUUCCACUUGAUAGCUUCUGAUGUUUAGAUCAAACCCAGCAUUAAAGGCAAAGUUGAAUUUUCAUUGUCGUCAGCAGAAAGGAUCCACAGAUGCAUUUGGAAAAAUGAGAGCAACAGAUUAGUGUUGAAUAUUCCUGGGUAGAAUAUUGCAUUCAGACAUUGUGUGAUAUAUAAGGCAUAUAUACGCCUAAAAAGUCUGUUAUAUCUUGUUUGCACUGUGUAGGUUAUAUGUUGACAUAACUAUUCAAUUACUUCCAUUCAACUACAAUUUUUUUUUAUCCUAAAACGCUUUUAAUGAGAAUUAUUACAUUUUAUUUUUAUUUUAUCAAGUUCAUGAUUUUUUAUUUAAGGUAUGUGUAUGUGGUUUUCACAAGGUGUAUUUAGAACUUGUUCAUCUUUAAUAAACCCAAAAUGGGACUUUUCAGUCUGA